AUGGCUGCUAGUCUGCAGGCACUGUGUGGAAGUUGGUCUGAAGACUUUGUACCUCCACAUUAUGUCUUUCUGUUGGGCUUCCUGGGACAUUUCAUUGUCAUUUGUGUUUACAGCUUCAAGAUGAGAUCUUGAAAGACCAGCACCCUAAUCAGGCUGAACCUGGUACUCACAGACCUGCUCUACCUCACUGGCCUUCCCUUCCUGAUGCACUACUGUGCUACUGGGGAACACUCAAUUUUUGGUGAAUUCACAUGCAAGUUCAUCUGCUUCAGCUUCCCCUUCAAAUUGUGCAGCAGAAUCCUCUUCCUCACCUGCUUCAGUGCCUUCAUGGUGAUGUUUGACACAAUGAAGUUCUCCCACAUCUAGAGGAAGUGGUGGACAGCAGUGGCUCGCACAAGCAUUUGGUUGAUGGCACUGGAAGCUGUUGGCCCUGUCAUUUUUUGAUCUCUUCAAUAGGGACACAAAACAAAGUCCUCAUGCCUCAACCUGACCAGCUCUGCAAACCUGGGCACAAUCAGGUGGCUGCUGACCAGCCUGGCCUUCUUCUUGCCCUCACUGACAGUGACUCUGUGCUAUGGGCUCAUCAUUUGCACCUGCCAUUGGCCCCUCACAUGGGCUUGCUACAAACAGAAGGCUCUAAGACUUGCUGUUGUCCUCUUGGUGGUCUUCCAUGUGUACUUCCUUCCCUUCCAUGUCUUUUGGGUGGCUCUGUUGCCUAAGAUUGGAAGAAAAACUUUCCAAACAAUAUUAGAGUUGAUAACAUGA